GAUCGCGCGCCUAGGUGCUUAUCGGAUGUGGGAUAUGUAGUGCCCUCUCACACCCAUUCAGUGUAUGGCAGACGUGAGCGUGACAUUCAUGGCAUUACGGGCAUAAUUUCAGGGUCAGGGGUGAGUGAAGACUCCCCCCCCUAAGGCUCGCUUGUGGCGGGGCCUCUAGAGUGGUAGCAGCAGCAGCGACGGCGGCAGCGGCAACAGCGUCCCAGAGCACGAUGGGGAGUUUCCCAGGCACCAUCGCUACGACCGAGCCCACCGUGCCAUCACCCGUGGACACGCACACGUGCUACGGGGCACGUCCCCACAGCUCGGUGCUGCAGGGCAGCCCCAUGGGGGGCAUCCCCACCGUCUUCUUAGCCAACCUGGUCGUCGCUGUGAUCCUUGUGCUGGUGUUCUCCUACCUACGCAAGGCAGCUUGGAACUACGGGCGGCUUGCGCUGGUGUCGGAGAGAGAUAGCCUGGCGUCCCUCUUCUACAGCGAGACAGACCGAGAGGGCUCCAUGUCAGAGGCCAGCUUUUAUGAAGAGGAGGGCCACUACAAGGGAAUUUUCUCUUGGAUAAGAGGCAGCUUCAGGGUCAGUCAGGAGGACUUCCAUGCUCGGUGCGGCGUGGACGCUGUUUACUACCUCUCCUUCCAGCGCUACGCCAUCGGCUUGCUCUGCAUCAUCACCGUGCUGUCGAUGGGUGUCAUCCUGCCCAUCAACAUCUCUGGAGAUAUGAUGGGUGGUGACAUUUACAACUUUGGCCGUACAACGAUAGUCAACAUAUCUCCAUCAAACAAUAUCCUGUGGGUUCACACCACAUUCACAGUCCUCUACUUCUUCAUCACCGUGGUUCUGAUGCAGAGGCAUCGACGGCUCGUUGACCACAAGCACGAAAACAUGGAGAUGAGAACCUUGUUCAUCACUGGACUACCGAAAGAAAUUACCAACUCGGCUAUAGUGGCCGCACACUUCCACGAGGCGUACCCGGGCUGCACCGUGACGGGGGUACAGUUCUGCUACGACGUUCAACGACUCAUGAAGCUGGACACUAAAAAGCGGCGAGCCAUGCAGGGCCGACUCUACUGCCUGGCCAUGUCCAAGAAGGAGCGGGCACCCGUCAUGGUGCGAGUCCGCGCCCAGGGCUGCCUCCGCCUGUGCGACGUCUGCGGAAUCUGUCGGAAGGUGGACGGCGUCCAGUACCACAGCGAGCGCGAGGAGGCGCUCACGGACGAGUGCGAGAACGAGAAGAUGAGGGUGCUCACCAAGCCGCUGGGCAUGGCCUUCGCCACCUUCCAGGACGCGUGCAUGACCCAGGCCAUCCUGCGCGAAUACGGCUUGUGCCGCUGUCUGCGUCGACCCACGCGCUCCCGGGUGAGCGACUCUCUCCGCUCGUCUCGCUGGCAUGUGAGCUACGCGCCUGCUCCGCAGACCAUCUGCUGGGAUAACCUGUCGGUGCAGGGUUGGGUCUGGUGGCUCCGCUUCUUCCUCAUCAACGUCCCCCUGUUUGUGCUCAUCUUCUUCCUGACGACGCCCUCGAUCAUCAUCAGCAGCAUGGACAAGUGGAACGUCACGCGCACUGUGGAGGACCUCAACAACCCUCUCAUCAGCCAGUUCUUCCCGUCCAUUCUGCUGUGGAUAUUUUCAGCCACACUUCCCUUCAUCGUCUACCAGUCCACUACCUAUGAAGCACACUGGACUAAGUCAGCCACAAACCAGUUUCUGAUGCACAAGACUUACACUUUCCUCGUCUUCAUGGUGCUCAUUCUGCCAUCGCUGGGCCUGUCCAGUUUUGACGUGUUCUUCCGCUGGCUGUUUGACAAGGACCUGCUCAAGUCUGGCACCAUCCGCUUCGAGUGCGUAUUUCUGCCAGACAACGGCGCGUUCUUCGUGAACUACGUGGUGACGGCGGCGCUGCUGGGCUCGGCGGCACGGCUGCUGCGCCUGCCGGAGCUGGCGCUGUACGGUCUGCGCCUGUGCCUGGCUCGCUCGGACGCACACCGGCAUCACGUGCGCAAGCGCUGCUGCUACGAGUUCCCGUACGGACUCGAGUACGCGUGGACGAUGUGCAUCAUAACCGUCACCAUGUCCUACAGCGUCACCUGCCCCAUCAUCACGCCCUUCGGCCUCCUGUACAUGGUGCUGAAGCAUUACGUGGACCGCUACAACCUCUUCUUCACGUACCUGCCCGCCAAGAUGGAGAAGAAGACCCACAAGGCAGCGGUGACCCAGCUCCUCAUGGCCCCCCUGCUCUGCAUCCUCUGGCUCCUCUUCUUCUCGAUCCUGAGGCUCGGCCUCCGCAGGCCCAUCACCAUGUUCCUGACCGAGGUGCUCGGCUUCGCCGGUGCCACCGUGCUCCUCUGGCUGCUGUACAAGGCACUGAAGCGCUUACUGCGAUCGCGCCAGGUGACGCACCCGACGGUGGUGGAGCCGCCCGUGGGAGUGGAGGACGACGCGGAGGACGGCAGCUCGCGGUCGUCCGCAGCCGUGCCGCUGUUUGUGGCCGAGGUGCUGCGGGAGCCGACGCUGGACCUCUCGCUGGCCGACUCGCCGAGCCGCCACUCGUACGGAUCGCUGGCGCCCAACUCCCCCUCCGAGGCGCAGCCCAGCCCCGAGGGAGCGCCGACGACGCCGUCGCCGGCCUCGACUCCGGCCUCGACCCCGAGGCCCGCGGACCCCCACCCGGACCCCCACGACGCGCCCCACCACGUGCAGCCCCCCAAAGAGCUGCGCGACUUCUGCGCCCGCGGCGACGCCGGCGACGGUUACGACGGAGACUGAUUGCCGGCACCGCCGGGACGUUGUUCGACGGUGGCGUUUCAUUGGACGCGGGGCUCCGGUGCUCGCACUGGGCCCGGUUUUACGGGCGACCACCGACGCGCUACGACGCUUGCCACGGCAGAACUCCCAUCGUGUGCAGCGCUCCUCCCAGGAGAUGUAACGAUAAGUUAAUUUAUAUUGUUUGGUGCCGGGUGGGGUCACACCCCUCCUCCCCUAGCGGAGAGGGACGAGCCUCCGCCCACACCACGUGACCCCUCUGCCACCAUUUAUGUUAGGGACGUUUGCUAUCCGAGCUAACGUUUAGGGUCUUAUCUCCUGCAUCUUUAGGCAUACAACUGGUCCAAUACGACGAUGAGCUCUGUAGUUAAAGGUGUAACGCUACAAAGGUAGCCAUUGCCCCCGUGUCGGUGGCAAAGGCCAUGACGAGCGUCACGUUCGCUUGACUCUUCCAAGGCGGUAGUCUCAGCCCCUGCCUUGAGCUUUAGCAUUGCCUUCUGAGCUAUCCGAGUAUGCAACAUACAACCCUGCCCUGGGGGGCAGGGAGACUUGCUAGCUUCCCUGUCCGUGUACCUGUCUACCAAGUCUGGAAGGGACAGUGAUGGAUCAUCUGAUACUUCAUGUUGGCUUGUGUGGCAGAAAUAUUCUUGCCACUGCUACAACUACCAAUGGCAACACCAUCAAUCCUCUCUUUGGCCUCUGGUAGAGUGUUUCUGCGAUCCACAGACCUGGGAUAUUUCCACAUUUUAGCGACAUGCUCGGGUCAAUGUUAGCACCCUGCUAGCGUGAGUGCUUCUGAAACACUCUUAAAGAGUUUCUAAAGGCUACGCCUGUGCUGGUUUCUCCUAGCUCUUAGAUUUACUACCGUGCUAGGGAUGAUGUUUGCAUCCCGGCUAAUAAAAAGCGGCGUCGUUAAGUACAUAACGAGUAAGUACUUAACGUUUCUGAACGACUAUCCCAGAAAACCUAAAAACUCGAGGAAAUGGCGGCGGUAAGAGUCACGUGGUGCUGGCAGAGGCUGGCCCCCCACCUUGCACUGCAAAUAAUGAAUAUUUAUUUAUGUUUUGUGGGUGCCCGGCAUCAGAUGGAGUUCUAUAGUGAUGAGUCGGAGCGUGCCAGUGGCCGCCUUACGAAGAAGCUGUGUGGGUUGGCGCUUUUGUUUUACUUCAUGACUGCAGAUCGCAUACAGGAAUAACGGCACAUACAUCGGUGCCAUAUUCAUAACAUUUUAGCCACAAAUUGCAUUCUUGUUUCUAUUGUUUGUAUCCUCUUUUCAUGAGCGAAACCCUGUUCUAUCUCCACGUAUGGUAAUUCCUCAUUUAACGCCGUGGAUGCGUUCCUGAAAAAUGCGUUCAUCGAAAACUAUUUCCCCAUAAAAAAAAUUACUUAAUGGUGAAGUUUGGCAGGUUUUACAAGAUACGAUAUAAGCACACUCCGUGAUUUGCCAGGACAAAGAUCUGAGAUGAGGGUACGCUACGUACCGUAUCACUCCGCGCGUUUGUCCAGAAUUCCCAAACUGCUCAGCCGCGUAGUUUAAGAAAGUAGUUCGUCGUCCACCGCUCAGAAACGCUUCACAACGGGGCGCGUUGCGCAUUGUGCGAAAAGUGUACCCUAAAAGAAGUACCGUGUUAUAGAAAAAACACAUUGUGUGAAAACGAGUUAUUACCGUGUAUGUUUUAGUCCAUUGGCCUAUUAGCUCACCAGACCAAUAUAAUCCAGCAGAUUUUUCUUAAGCCAGCAAACUGUGGAUCGGUGUUGACCAUCUGGGUCUCAUCAGCAGUCAGGCUUGUUAAACAAAGGCUGCUAACUUGCUCGACGUUAUUGGCAGGAGCACGGCCUCUAAACAAUGAGGCCCAGGUUUUACGCAACAAUAUUGGUCUGGAAAGUCUGAUGGACUAACAAAUAAAAUCUAUAUUUAGAAACCGAAUACAGUUAUGCUUUUACCCAUAAUGCUCUGCAAAAAAUGCUCCAUGAGUUUAAAGGUAAUGGGUUGGAAUGGUUUUUUUUACGAUACAAAAAGUAUUUUUAGGGUGGGCAGCUCAGUGAACUAAGGCAUGCCAGUGAGACAUUUUACAGGUGUGGUGGUGGUGCACACCUGCAAUUCAGCACCUAGAGGCAGGGUUGGUGGACCACGCUGGGAUAACGAUGUGCACGGGCAGUGAGGUGCCCUAGGAAGCAGUACAACAUCAAGGUUUUGAUCAUACAGCACCUGUGUGUGGCGUGUGGGUGUUCUCUUCGAGUAUCCGUGCGAUUUCUCCAGGCACUGAUUUCUCACUGCAUAAAAUGCUCAAAAAAUGAAAUGGCCACACAUCGAAACUCGUAUAGUCUUGGUAGACUCAGCAAUGUUUCACUUGGAAAAGAUUUCAGAUGAAUUUACUGUUUGGUCUAUAUACUAUACAGAGGUCACAAUUCACCUACGAUGGUGUUAAGAGUGCCCAUUAAAGGAAACCCGAACAAACAAGACAAUUGUAUAGUUGGAGGUAUAGAUAAAAGUUGUUUUUCGAUUUAGGUUAAACUUUUGAAAAACGCAGUGGACACGGGAUACAUUGUAAUCUCCAACCAUUUGGUACUGAAGACGAGUGGGUGUGCUUUGCUGUGCGUUAACUCCACGUGUGAAUAUGAAACUUGUGCCAGCCUACACCUCUGUACUUGUGCCGCCGAUUAGGGAUAACCUGUUUAUUCCACAACCGUAAACAGGUCUCGGCCCUGUGUUGUUGUGGCAGUCAUGUUUUGGUCUCUGCGGAUACUUGGUGCUGUGGGCAAAGCAGACUUUAUUGAGUUUAUUUUUUUCUUAAAUGCCAUUUGAGAAUAGGUGGAAAUGAAAGACGAAUCUCCAUGGAAUGAUAAGCAGACUUGUACGAAAACAAUAUUUACAUUUUGGUCUAGAACUGUCAAGCCAUAUUGUGCACUGCAGCUAAGUCUAGCGUCCCUGUACCCAUGCCUCGUUGAUGCUUUCCACCUUCAACAGUGGAAAUUGAACGGUGACCUUUGUGUGUGAGAUGGCUGGGUGGCGCUAAGGUCGGUCACUUCACGUUGAGGCGCUGAGCCUGCACGACUCAUUACUGAGCUCGAGUCCGGGUUUGCAGCCGCCCACGCUUGAACCAACUUCUCAAGCUGGAGCGAGUUGUGGAGCAUCGGUGACCGGUCUCAGCUCGGUCGGCAAUCGCCAAUAAUUAUAACUGCCUUGGUACUUGCAUAACGUGUUACAGCUUUGUGGCUAACAAAAUGUAACUUUGAUUGUCAUGCCGUGGACGCUCUUUACCGGUAAAAGUGUGCAGAGUUGAAGUACGCCAGAGCCAUGCUCUCAAGACGAGAUGACGAUUAUGCUACAAACUGUGAGAGUUGCAAAUGGGAUUGUCUUCAUUUCCUGACGUGAUGCCAGAUAUUGCGGUUGUAAUGUAAUUGGGGAAAUACAACUAAAACAGUCGCUGCUGUGUCAACUGGCAGCGUGGUUCCAAUCAUAGUCAAGUAGAACUUCCACGUUGGGUUCAGGGCCACAAACAGGUGAGUGCUCCCCAAUGCGUAUUAAUACGCUGUGGACACACUUUGACUUUUGUAAACAAGUUUAAGUGUAGGGGCAAUGAAAUAUUGUGCCGACAAAGAAGGUGAAAGUCAAAAGCAUAAGAGAAAGGCUGUACUCUUAGUGCAUAAUGAAGAGUACAUGAUGUGGAUAGCCCAGCAGAGUAGAGGGCACGUGAGUGCCAGUGAGACGCCCUAUCGUGCUCCGUGCCCAAUGCAAACUGCCACGUGGCGAUCACUGCCACACGAAGCUGGCGUGGGUGGCAAGUGUUCGUGUCGAAGGCACUUGCAUAGGGAUCUACUAAAAUUGCAUCAUUUCAAUUGGUGUAGAGCGUUUAAAACAACGCCCAUGGAACGCGCGUGAUUCAUUUAAUACCCACGAAUGGUCACUUCACUGCAGUAGAAUUGGCAGUAAGGUCGCUUAAAUAGAUCUCACUGUGAAUGGUGCUCAUUUUGAUAGAUCCCUGCAUCUUGAGAUAGUCGUAUUUAGAAGACACGUCGUAAAGUCACAUGGUACCGUAAGUCCAAAUGCGGUGUUGGUAAGUAAGCGUCAAAGGUGAUUUACGCCUCACACGGCGCCUGCAUCUGUGUGAGCAGCGUUGGCUACAGUGCCACUGUAAAUAAAUAUACGUUCCUUUAAAGGGUUAACAAGCCAUCUUUUGACUUUGCUCAAAUGCUACUGGGCAGAGGGUUCAUGGAGCCGGAGGUGGGCGCCAUGCGCUUGUCGACGGUAUUCAGAGAGGGGACACAGCGCGAUUCACGGCGGUGAUUGAGUGGCUCAAGGUGUAGGAUCGAGUCUGGGCUCCAGAUUCACGUUCGUGACUUAACUCAGUGUUGUGAGAGAGUCACAGCCCGGUUGCUCAACGACUGUCAUUGCUCUGUAGCAACGGUGGGCAACCUGCGGCCCCUCGUCGUGGUGGCCUGGUCUCGGUGUGUCUGGGGUGAUGCGUGAUGUCCAGCGUGCGGACCGCUGAGGUGAAGGAGAGCUGCUUCACGUGGCCCACUGACUCGUCUAGGUUGCCCACCAUUGCUCUGUACUCUGUAACUUUUUGUGUUUUACAAUGUAUUUGGCUUUAAUUGUGAUGGUAAUUUGACAACAACAAAACAGCCAAACGUCCUCAUGUAGGCCAUCCUGAAAGAAGCGUGCCUGGAUAAAUUAGCAGUAUUAUUGAGCUGUUAACGACCUCAUCAAGCUGGAUGGAAUUCAUCUCUAGUGCGCCGAGAUUACUCGCGAACACACUGGUGUGCUGAAGCAGUGAUACAAUUGGCCCAUUUGAUUCACGUGACAGUUUUAUUAAAUGGCUGUGUCGGGUGGAGGAGGGUUUACGACACACAAUUUAACACCAAAGUAAACCUAUUAUAAAUGGUAUUAUUGUCUGCUAACAGCAUGCGCAUAAGCACCAUUUAGGUGUCUUUUGGAAAGCUCGAUCUCUUGAAGGGGCACUUAAACAUUAUCUUAGAGUCCUCAUAAUCCUAUUGGAUUGUUCCUAAGUGAAGGCCUUCUGUCGCUAUGAAGGUCCAGACUGAACUCGUGUUGCCAUGCGACCCGACUGCAUUUGAGCUGCAAUGAGUCAGCUUGUAGCAGUCGAUUCAUAACGCUUGCAACACGUGCAUCGACCGGUGCGUGCAAUACUGUCGAUGCAACCGGUUCACGUCAACUCCUCGGCCACUGGGGGAGCUACUCGCAAUGCCACGGCUCAAAGGGAUUGAUUUGUUUAAAAUCGCGACUCCAAGCCAUAGCAGUCUUGUCGAAUAAGCUGGCAGCGUGAAUAAUCGCAUUUUAAAUCAUUACCGUAAUGGAAAUAUACGGCAAAACUCCAAAAAUCCGUGGUGAUAUACUGAUGGGGUUUCACUCGUAAUCCUGUAAUCCCCGACACACUGCGGCUAAAUAUGCAAAAGUCCUGGGGAAAAGGAAUACUGGCAGGUUUGAGGGUUUUUAGCACCGCGAUUCAGCUGUCAAACAAAUCCACGUGGCAAGCCUCAGGCCUGCCGCGUGAAGCAAAGUCCCCUUGACGGUGUCUGGCGAAUUUCAGGAGGAAUUAUCCCCGCCACUAAAAAUCACGGAUUAGCAUUGAGUCGCCCCCUCCAAAAAAAAUUGGAGGGCGGAUUAUUAGAGUUCAUCUGUGUCUAUAUAUAUACACAAUGACAAUUUUAAAAACGCACCACAACACAAGGAUUCGUGCAAUGCAGCCAUAAUCCAAUGUACAUUGAUCACAGAACCGCAUUGUUGUUUUUGUAGUAAACAUUGAGUGGCUGUCACAACCGGCUGAUUAAACCGACGCUCUCGCUUGUAAGAAACAUUGAAAGUCUGGGGCUUUGGUAUAUUACGACAAAUUGUGUUUUGGCGAUAUUUUUUUUUUAAGUUGUCAAUUUACGACUGAUGCUUUUAAAAUGCCAAGUUACUUCGACUGCCAUUUUAGGAGGAAGUGAUAAUAGUUUCUUUUGCUGAUGUAAAUUGUGACAGCAUGGCCCCCCGUUGGUGAAUGUAAAAGGUUGCUUUUAUAUGAAUAUGCUUGUUUAAAUAUGCCUCUAUAGACACCGUACAAGUACGUUGCACAGCCCUUUUGUUAAUCAACUGCUGGAUGAAGGCCUCCCCAAACGCGUGCGGCUCGUGGGGGCUAUUUGAUCAUACCUCACCACGCUGGUCAUUGUAGCAUUGGGAGCAUAGAAGUGCGGUACACAAAUGAAUGUUGCUGCCCACCGCGUGGCAAAGUCCCGUAGUCACCUUGCGCUUCUGCGGCCGUCUGGAACGCUCUUCCUUCGGAUAUUAGGAGGCCACUGGAGCUAUGCACUUUUAAAUCAUCCAGAUUGAAAAGUUAUUUUUGUAGAACUGCUUUUCGUAUUUAGUUUGCUGUCCUUCCCCGCACCUUAAAUGUUGGCUUGGCUGUGUGCAUACAUACGUGGCCACCCAUCCGAACGCCAUCUAGACUCUGCCCUGCCUAAGCUUCCGAGAUCUGACAUGCUCGGGCAUAUUCUGGGUGAUACGGUCAUUGACCUGUAAACAUGAUGCAUUAUUUAUUCACAGCAACAACAACAUUAUCGUAUAAAGUAUUUGCGGUCAGCAUUGAGAUGAAGCCACACCAAUUCUGCGAAACUAGUACACGGUGGGCUGUUUAAGUCAGCACAGAGUGUUAAAUACCUGCUAUGUUUGUUGUACUUGUUUUAGAGGCAUAUUACGGUAUAUUGUGACGUUUCAAGUUUUGUGUUUUUGGAAGUGGUAAAGCUUUUGCAAAAUCUAA